AUGUGUCUUCCCGAGAUGACGGCUACGCAGGCUCGAACAAUGGAAGAUAUACCACGUAAACGCGCGUCCGCGGGUCCGACCACAAAUGCAGGAGCAGGAACAACGUCAUCUCAGAAGACAAAACAAGAUAGAACGCCAUCUACUACAUCGCAAAGCACCAGUUCUGAAGACGGAGGUGGGAGCUCCUUAUCGACGUCCCCAAACUUGACUUCCUCCAACUCCAACGUGGGGAUGAAGCGGCUGUAUACUAGAGAAGAAGUUGCGGAACUCGUAAAAGAAAAAGACGAUGUUUAUCUCUUCAUCAUCCGCCAGAAAGUUUACAAAAUACCACAAAACUGGGCAAUGCAAAGCCAUCCUGGAGGAGAAAUAUUACUCAGGGACGCAAGAGGCGCAGAUAUUUCGGUAACAAGGACGAGGACUUUUUAAGAAUAAGAUUUAUAUAUUAAGUAGUUUUUUGUUCUAUAAAAUAGAAAUUAGAAAUAGAAAUUGACGUGGUCUCGCCGAUAAUUUCGAAGAGAUGUUCAUGAAAGUCAUAACUUUUUCUCUUGAAGAAAUCAUGAUCAUCUUCAUCUAGUACGUGCACCACGACGGAAGAUAUUGGUCGUGCAACAUGAUCGUAAUAUUACGAGCUUGUUUAAAAUCGAAAAAAAUUAACAUCUUCUUCCACCAAUUUACUAUUGAUACCAGAUUCCGUUUGUGAGCAACCAUCGACCGGAGGUUGUUGAGCCUCUGUUAAAGCGAUGGCACGUAGGAUAUGUGGAAACGGAGCAAAGCAAGAUGGAAAAGGAGUUUCUUCAACUUGUCGAUGAGCUUCAAAAGGAUCCUUCAUGGUUCAAGUCAAGGCCAAGUUUCUACUUGGGUCUCGUAGCUCGAUAUUUUACACUUCUGGGCUGCAGCGUGGCCUGUGCGCUCUACGGGCAGUCCUACUUCGUUCGUGUCAUCCUAUCGGCGGUGCUAUUGGGAAUCUAUUUUCAGCAAGUCGCCUUCAUCGGCCACGACCUGGGACAUAAUGGCGUCACCCAUUCCAUAUUCCUCGAUGAGAUCUUCGGGUAAAUUGUUCUUCCGCACAGAAUUGUGUUAGUUUUUCUUGGUCUGUAGUUGCUCACUUGUUCCUCUUCCACCGCGCACCUAGCUAGAAGAUGAAACUUUUUGUGAUCAUGUUGGAAACCGUGAUGUUAAUUGUUAGAAAUGUAGCUCGUCGAGAAUCAUGACUUGUAGCAACAUCAUCACCUGCUUCUUCGACAUUCAAUUUCAGGUUAUUCUGGGGUAAUGCUAUGAGUGGAAUCAGUGGCGGCUGGUGGAAGACAACGCACAAUGUGCAUCACCUGGUGACGAACAGCGUGGAGUACGACCCUGACAUCCAGCAUCUACCUAUGCUUUGUGUUAGUGACAAAUAUUUCAACAACGUCUUCAGUGAGUUUCACAUGAAGACAUUCGAGUUCGACAAAUUCGCGCAGAUCGCGUUGCGCUGUCAGCAUAUUCUCUACUAUCCGAUUAUGGCGUUGGCAAGGUACUGAUGCAGUUCAUCUGCUGAUGAUGUUACGAGUUCUCCGGAUUUCUCUGAUGUUGAGGCUGUGAGUCUACAGUGGUCCCUACAGAUGCAGUCCAUCUAAGGAGUCGGAAUAUGGCCAGCAAUGUUAAACAGGAAAGAACAAGAUCAUCUAUGAUCUAAGACGGUAUCUUCAUGGGUUUUCAGGUAAGUAGAUCAAUAUCCAAAUAUCGACUGAUAGAAAACGACACCAGCGGUAAAAAUGCAAUUCUUUCUUCGCAUCCCGUCACACAGGUUUAAUCUCUAUUUGCAAUCGAUUAUCCUUUGCCUGACGCCGUAUGACGUCUUUCGUCGGUGGGGUGGCAAGAGUCGUAGCAAGGAACUCGCAACUCUAGGCUUCUUUUGGUCUUGGAUGUCGUUGCUGCUAUCGAAGUUCAAUUCGUGGGACGAAACUGUCGUCUUCCUGCUAGUGUCACACGCGAUAGCGGGAAUAUUGCAUGUCCAAAUCACAAUAUCACACUUUCCGAUGCCAGUGGUGGAGGGGAAUCCGCUGAAAAACGAGAAAUUGAAUUUCAUUCAACUCCAGUUGCAGGGAACCAUCGAUGUUGGUACUUAUUUAUUAGUGCUUGAAUAGAUAUCAUUGUGAUUGUCGUUCUGAAUAUUCAUCGACUUCAACAUCAGCCUCGACAAUUUCAAAAAAAGGACUGCAAGUGAGUGUCUUUAAUUAAGUUUUUGUGGAGAGAUAAGUAGAGGCUGCAAAGGACUGUUCUUCGAAAAUUCUUGUCAGAUUGUCCUCCAUGGAUGGAUUGGUUUCAUGGUGGAUUGCAGUUCCAAGCUUCGCACCACUUGAUUCCGCGCAUUCCACGCCAUAAUUUGAGGCGGCUUCGCGAUGAAAAAAUUCUGCCGUUUUGCAAGAAGCACGGCGUCGAGUAUAAAAGUGAUGGGUUCGUCGCUUGCAACUUGAUGGUGAUUGAUACCCUGCGCAAAACGGCCGAUCGGGUAUCGCCAUUUUUGAUCGACGCUAUCAAUGCGGCGGGUUGAUAAUUUCGAACUAAGUAGUAACUAGAAAAUUGAGAGCUAGACGAACCGUGGAUGAAUAAGAGGUCAAUCUUCAACUAACUAUAUUCAAUAUUGUGCAGUAUAGGUCACGAACCUGUGUUAUGAUUCAUUGACAAAAGCAAAAACAAAGACAAACCAGAACCAUUAAGACUCUCGUGUCUUAAUUGCAUGAUCCGUUUGAUUCCAGUAUAAAAGCAAGCUGAGCAAUCAUAGUCUGCAUGAUUGUGAUUAUCGUUGGCGUAUUUGUCGUAGUAAAAUAGAAGCGGGCAGCAGGAGGUGCUCGAGUUGAGAAAAGUUGUAUGACUGCGAUUGUCCUUGCGGUUUUCGAGGUUUUCUUAUUAUUUGGGCAGUCCAUGAUGUUUUCCCUUUUCCACUCAGUCUGCCAUUCACUCAGUCUGACACUCUAUUUUUUUUUGCAUUUGACUCAACUACCCGGGGCGAUGGACGUAUAUUUGUUUUUCUUGUAACCUACAAAUGCAUCGUCCUCGAUUGUUGUGGCUUCAUCGAAUUCUCGUUCUAUUUGAACAAAGUUUCAGUGUGCAGUCCAAGUAAGAAUUAUGUCAAUUCAAAAAUGUCGAUCGCAGAUGUUGUCGGAGAAUACAAUAAUUCAUUUUACCAUUGCCAUUGCCAUGUGCAACGUGGAAUUUAUGAUAUACUACUAUUCUUCUGACUUCGACCAUCUUCCGACGAUUUUUUUUUUUUCGUGCCACUGAAAAUGGUACGGCGCUCAGUGAUUAUCAGGUGGUAUCAGCCCCAUCUGUACGACAGAAAUUAGAAUCAAUUGAAAAUACAUAGUACUUUCGUACUUAGAACAGCAGCUGCACACCAUGGGUGGUCGUUGCUAGGUUUUUCUUACCACCAGUGAUUGACAUCUAUUCAUUGGCGAAGGCUAUUUCAUGUCUUCCCUGAUUGCUCACAUCAAAGGGAGGCAUGUGUAGUUCCUCGGUGCUGAUGUAUGUGAAUCGGGAGUUGCCGCUGCCAAAAAACUCUUGCCGGCUUGUGCUUUGAACGCAUCAUAUGCCGAAGACAACUCUCACCUGUGAGUGUCAACGAUAUGGCCGACACAGGAAGAUGUAACGAUACGAUCUUUAAGAUACAUAAAUAGUAUCGACAAAAAAUGAAAAAAGUCUUUAAAAACAAGCGUUCUUGCAUCGUAAUAUCAAUUUGAAUUCAUCAAAAAAAGAUCAUGAUCAUGAGCGUCGCAGACUUAUUUGGAGGACAUUUUUGUUCACCCUCUUCCUGGUGUCAUUUCGCGAUCGGUACAACGCACGUCAACAUAUUUCGAGUACCGAGUGAUUGGAGAUCACGCUCAAAUUCAAAUCGAGUAGGUUUGAUUUCUUGGAGUUGAAAUUUCCACCAAGUAGAUGAAACAAAAUAUGGGGAAUGAAAUGAUGAUCAUGAAUUCAAUGAAAC